ACAGAGCAAUGGAUGAUGAGGGGAAAAACUAUGUCUCUGCAGAAGAAUCUGAUAUGUUGGAAUCAGUUUCUUUUCUGGACUUUGGGGGAAAACCCUCACCUAUGGAGUCAACAGUAUUGCCUAAUACAGAGGAGCAGGAGGCAUAUCAACCUUUGAAAGUCUUCUUGAGAGUGAGGCCCUUUUCUGUAGCAGAGCUUGAAAACCAUGAAUCUCAGGGAUGUGUAACUAUUGAAGGUUCUCAGACAGUAACUCUUCAUGCACCCAAAGAGUCUUCUGCAAUGAAAAACAGUGAAAGAGGGAUUGGCCAUUCUGUACAGAGAUUCACAUUCUCUCAGGUUUUUGGACCAGAAACUACUCAAAGCGAAUUUUUUGAAGGCUCAAUGAGAGAAAUAGUAAGAGCAUAUGUUAACGGAGUCAAUGGACUAGUGUUUACUUACGGAGUUACAAACGCAGGCAAGACAUUCACUAUCCAAGGGUCUUCAAAAGACUUUGGUAUUUUGCCUCGCUCACUUAAUGAGAUUUUUAACCACAUAAAGGGAAGACAGUACCUGAAGAUGAACUUUAAACCACAUUUGAGCAAUGAUGUUAAGAAACUAGAAGAUGCACAAGUUAAACAAGAAGAAGCCAUAAAAACUGCCAUUCUUGCCUCACUAAAAGAGGAUACAGAAAGCAUCUUGCAUACUAUUACAAAUGUGUUUGAUUUAGAAUCGGCUUCAUCUACCAGCUCUACUUUGAAAAGUCUGCCUUCUGAUUCACUAGAAAAAAAAUUUGUUCCACUUGACGUAUAUAGGACUAAUAUACACCAAAGAACACAAGCAUCUGUGUGGAUUUCCUUUUAUGAAAUUUAUAAUGAAUAUGUGUAUGACCUAUUAAGUAUAUUGUCUACAUCAAAAAAUCAAAAACGCAGAGUCUUAAGAAUUUGUGAGGACCAAGGAGGAAAUUCUUACAUUAAAGACUUAAAGUGGAUUAACAUUCAGAGCACUGAAGAAGCCUGCAAAAUACUAAAAAUAGGAAACAAGAACCGAAGCUUUGCAUGUACUAGAAUGAAUGAACAAUCAAGUAGGAGUCACAGUAUAUUUUCAAUCAGGUUACUGAAGCUAACUGAUGAGCAUCAGCCACGUGUUCUUGGAGUUUCAGAGCUGUCUUUCUGUGACUUGGCUGGAUCAGAGAGGUGUAAUAAAACACAAGCCUUUGGAGAUAGACUAAAAGAAGCAGGAAAUAUUAAUAAUUCUCUUCAUAUCCUUGGAAAAUGCAUUGCAGCAUUGAAGCAGAAUCAAAAUCCAAAGAUGAAGCCAAGCUAUAUUCCCUUCAGAGAGAGCAAAUUGACUCGUCUGUUUCAGCCAUUCUUCUGUGGAAAAGGCAAAGCUUGUAUGAUUGUAAACAUUAAUCAGUGUGCUUCCACCUAUGAUGAAACACUACAUGUCAUGAAAUUUUCAGCUAUAGCCAAACAGGUAAUCCAGACGAUCCUACCCAAAAGUUUUGGUUACUUUACCCCCAAGCUAAUUGGAAGUGAUGGCAAACCUAUCAUACACUUUGGUGUUAACGCAUCUGUAGACGAUUUCCCUGAUGGUACUGAAACCUCCAUGGAAGAAGAAGUGGACAUCACCAUUCUGAGUCAUGAGGACCUUUUGAAAACUACUGAGAACCUAAAGGAAAAGCUAGUUGCAGAAAGACAAAGUAAACUUCUUCUGGAGGUGAAGAUACGUAAAGAGAUGGCAGAAGCAAUGUUCCGACAGCUACUGGAAACGGAGGAAGCCUGGAGCAACCGCUUGGAAGAUAUGAAAGACAGUUUUGAAGAAAAACUGGAGAGCAAAUUUGAAAUGUAUAAAGAGGCCAUCAAGAAACAUGCGUAUAUGUGUGCAAUGGAACAAAUUGAAGAUCGUUAUGUUCCCAUAGAAGAAUUUUUGGCUGAGCAAGGGAAAGUUCAGGAGAGAGAGAAUAAAAUAAUGCAAUUGGAAAGGCAGCUUGAUGAACAGUCAGGGAGACCAUUGGCUCUGGGAAGUCCAAGUUCAGAUACACCGACUACAGAAAACUACAUGGAACUGGAUCUUAUAAACAAGCUGAUGAAGAGAACCAAUGAAGGACUGCAGAGGCAAUGCAAAGAAAAGGAAGAGCUUAUAAAAUCUCUGAAGUUUAAAAUACAGAAACUAAAUGAAACCCUGCUGGAAGCUAAUGAAGGCUACAGAAAAAUGGCAGAAGAGAAUAGUAGACUGAGGCAUACAGUCAUGCUUAAGGAUCAAGAAAUGAGUAAUCUUCAGAACUGGGCUAAACGUGUUCUUGAGCUUGAAGAAACAGUGUAUUCUCUGCAAAAGGAACUUGAUGAACGCAAAAAGCAUUUGUGUGCAGAAGAUCCAAAGCAACAAAAACCUAAGAGAGGUUUGUUAGCUAACCUGAAAUCCACAGUAGCAGGCACUUCUGGUACACCCCUUGGUAAAGGCUGGGGGAAGUAUGAAGACUCUUCAACCUCUUCAAGAAAGCAAAUACCAUUGGCUCAUAAAGUAAAAGAAUAAUAUUUGAUUAAAGUGUGCAACUGCCGGGCUUCUUCAACAUUCCUGAACUGUUGGUAGCUUUUUCUCACUCUGAAAGUAGAUGCAAUCUUCACUGUCAUGGUAACUGAUAGAAAAAUAUUUAAUACAAAACUUUAAAUCAAAUCAGGGUAGAACUUACAGAACUGUACAAGUGUAGACCCAAACUUUGGUUUUUAACAAUUGAUAUGGGGAUAUUUUUUUAGUCUUGAGUUACUGCUGUCAUGGACUCCUGCAUUGAUAAAUGUACGACUUACGUGAAGAGAGAUGUUCCUCUUCUGCUGCUCUUGUUACCUUUUUAUAUUAAAUACUUGGGAAUUCCUAGAAUCAGAGCUUGUAAACUUUACCUCAGGCACUUGAAAUUGGUUGUUUCUUUAGUAACAGUCUGACUUUGCCUUGAAAACUGCUAUGUUCGGAUCGAACCGAGCAAAUUCUUGAAAGUAAGAUGUUUAAUGGAAGCAACAAAGCUAGGUCUUGUGCCUCCUUGCUGUUUUUCAGCUAACUUUGUACAGGAACUUGUUUUAAUAUUGUUCAAAGUUUCACUAAGAAUGUGCAUGAAACUUUAAAAUCUAUUUAUAAUA